CACCGGACAGAGCUAUAUUCUGCUCUUAUGGACAAGAAGACAACGGGGGGGGGGGGGGGACGUUCAUUUUCCGAACACCCCACAGGCGCAACCCUUUGGAAUCCUCAAGGCGCCACCAGUGUUUACACGCCGCUGGCCAGCAGGGGACGCUACAACGGCACGAGAGGGGAAGCCGGUGGUAGUGGUGGUGGGCGGAGCCGAGCAGAAGGAGGCGGGAGGGAGCGUGGCGGCGCUCCGCCCUCUCUCCCAAGAUGGAGCCUUCCCUCCGCCUCCCUCCUCCCGUCGUGCCCUGCGGCGGCCGGAAGCGGCAGAGGGGUCAGCGCGCGGGGGCCGUACCGGAGACCCGGGAUCUGCACCGGCCUCGGCGGCGGAGGGCCUGAGCCGGACGUGGAUGGCGGAGUCCGCAGCGCAGCCACCGGGGGGCGCCCCGAGCCGGCACGAGAAGAGCCUGGGGCUGCUCACGACCAAGUUCGUGUCUCUGCUGCAGGAGGCCAAGGACGGCGUGCUCGACCUCAAGCUGGUGAGGAGGAGGAGGAGGAGGAGGAGAGAGCGGGGGAAACGGGGUGGCCGGGGGGGGGCGGUUCUGCUUCCACAACAUGGCUGGGGGUGGGCUAUGGCUGGCUCCCAUCAGGGCAAGAAGCACUCCGGCUGGGCAGACUUAGGGCUUCUUGGAUCUACUUUGUUCCCCCUCCUCCCCCAAAAAUCCCCCCCUUCACCAGCCAGAGGGAGCUGAACACACACACACACACACACGCGUGUCACUCAGCUAGUAAGAACAAGGUGCCAGGAUCUGGGAUGGGUUCCCUUGUACCAUAACGGUAUUGAUAUCACAACCCUUUCACGCUUAGAUUAGCUUUCUUCAUUUCAACAACAGCCCCAUUAGUGAUUUUUUUUGGGGGGUGGGUUGUGUUGCUGCUAUGAAAACAGUUAAGAAACCCUUGCCGGUAGAUCCCAAUUGCUUUCUGCCCACCCGAUGGUAUAGACAAGGGAAAGGAGGCAGCGUGGAGUGGCGGUGGCAGGAUUUGCCUCUUGGGGCCGGAUCGGGCUUACGGAAAGUAAGGAUCGGGCCCUAUUAGGUAUCUGUUCCGACCACCUCCUUUUGUCUGGAGCUUUGGUCUGUUGCUGUGUGUCCACAUUUGGGAUCUCUUGACUCCGUUCCAUCUUCCCAUGCAGGGUUGGAUGUGUGUGUGUGUGUGUGUGUGUGUGUGUGUGUUAGGAAAAAUCCCAGUUAAUAGAUCCUGCCUUGAAUUGGGCUUUUCUCUCUCUCUGUUCUCAGACCAAAUGAGCAAACUUUGGGGGCCAACUGCUUCCCCACCUGUUUGCUAGCUCUUCCUCUGACCUCCCUCACCUCAUAUCAAGGAAGCAUGACCGUUAAGGUGCAGCAUCCGCCAAAAGGGGAGAUAAUGCUGAGUUGCAUGUUGGGUAUGGACUGCAGGAGUGCAUGAAGGGAUCUCUGCGGGUGGGGAUGUUACACUGAGCUGGUUGCAUAUGUAUAACUUAGUCACAGGUGUGAUCAGUCUGUUGCCAGUGCAGAACUCCAGCAGUUGCAGGAGCUUCUGCUUUACCGCAACAGUGGCUUCUGUGUGAAAGGGACUGCAGGUGUUCGCAACCUUGCCUGAAGUGCUUAACCUUAACUGAAAUCUGCUUUUGGUUCCACUGCAAUGCAGGCAGAUGGGGAAACAGGCAGACGCCUCUGCAGUUCAAAACGGUUUAGGACCAAACAUGGGAAAUCUAGAGUAGAAAAAGUGGGCAGGAAGAAGCUUUUAAUGCCAUGAACCACAAACUGUUUAAACAACAACAAAAAAGCAUUAGUAUAGUGUUACUGAAUCCAGGUGUGGCUUCUUAUGUGAACUAGGCCAGUAAGCUGCAUGGCCAUCUAAGGGCCUUUGGUUUGGAAGGGAACAGCAGUGGGAAGGAGCCCUGCUGGAGCCCUGUCUAAGGUGAUUGAUGAUGGCUUUGACAGCAUAGGUCUGUGUAUCUUUGCACCAAAGCAAACCCCCCUUUGUUCAGGUGGUGCUUACUCCUACGGAAGUGCAAGGAGGGUUGCAGCUUGAGACUUUUCAUCAAGGCAGCUCUUGUAUUUUGCUAACUCCAGAGGAGCAGACAUAAGAAGCUGCCUUGUUCCCCCUAGCUCAAUAUUAUCUAAACUUUAAAUUACUGGCAAAAGCUUGCCAGGGUUUAAGAUCGGAGGGUUGCAUACAGUUUAGCGCCACUCAGAGUAGAUCCAUUGAAAUUAAUGGGCAUUAUUAAUAUAGGUCCAUUAAUUUCAGUGGGUCUACUCUGAGUAGAACUUGUGUGCAAUCCAGGGUCCUUCCUAUCCCUACUUAGAGAUGCUAAGGAUUGAACCUGACUUCUUUUUCAUGCAGGGUCUGUUAGCAGCAGCAUAUGUCCAUGGGCACUUUAAAGACUUAAUUACCUUGUUAGAAGCUUUUCCGAGUCAGAGUCUAUUAGAAGUAUGAAAUAGGUAAAUGGGUGGAUAUGCAUACCCUGAGUAAGGAGAAAACAAUGUUUCGAUGAAUUUGAGAAAUGGAAGAGAUUGUGGUAAGUGUCAUAAUAUGCACAACACAAGUGAAAACAGGCUCUGGUCAACAAAGAUCAGGUACAAGAAGCAUCCUUGUGACCCACUCUUAGCUAGAAGUUACUUGUGAUGAAUAGGCAUAGCUAAAUUGAUAGUCUCGGUAAACACUGAAAGGGACAGUGGCUUUCUCUUCCCAAGUGGUUUAUUGAGGCCAAGUUCCCUAGUGUCAAGUCUGGCAGUGAAAUCUAAUUUGGCAACUUCAUGCCAGAGUCAUCCGUUCCAACUUCUUGAAGGCUUUAAGGUCUGCUGCAGAAUGUAUGGGAAGAUUUAGCUGGACCUGUAAUCCAGAUGGUUAAGCAAGAUGGAUACCCUGGGGAAGUUCAUAAGAAAGGUGUAAUGAUUAUAUCUGUCUCUGGCUUAUUCCUGGCAUGCACCAAUCAAUGGCUAUUAGUCAUGAUGGAUGUGUACUACCUCCAGUAUUGAAGAAUUGUAUCUCUAUGAAUACCAUUUGCUGGGGAACAGAGUGUUAUUGCACUCAUGGCCUCCUUGCAGGCUUCCCAUGACCAUCUGGCUGGCUGCUGUGAGAACAGGAUGGUGGGCUUUUGGUCUUACCCAGCAGGGUUGUUCUUAUGUAGUAGUCAUACUGUUCUUGUGAAUGACAAAGUUGCACUUAUAUAUUUAACAAACAUGAACUGUGCUGCAUGUUGCUGACCAUAGCUCAGUGGUAGAGCACAUGUUUUGUGUGCAGAAGGUUCAGAGUUCAAUUGCUGGCAUUUGAAGAUUAAAAUAAAAUCUAACGACAGGUAAUGUGAGCUGCUGCCAAUGAGAGCAGACAAUACCACGUUACGUGGACACAUAGCGUAAGCUGCUCUUACACAACUCCCUUUGAUCCAUUUGUGCUCCCAGCAUUGUGUGACUGAAAGACAUCUGAAUAUUUUUAUAUCUGGGUGAAGUUACGAGUCCUCUUAAUUUCUCUAGAACCUGCUUUCUAAUAGUAAGCGCUCUAAUCUACCUACCUUUUCACCUUUACCUUGAAAAAAGGGCAUCUUGGUAUCUACAAAAUCUACAAAAUCUUUGUUAACACAUCAGGCAUUUGUUAACACAUUGCAUUUUAUGCAACAAUGAUAUGGGGGAUUUUGAUUUUUUCCCUCUAUUGCAUCUUACUGCUGUGGAUAUGCUUCCAGGCAUUACCUGUUUAUGCAUGCUAUACAUUUGGUGAAGCUGAGGAUCCAGAAAAGUUACAGAAUACAACCCAGCUGCCCUGCAGCGAUACUGCCUAAACAGGAUAUAGAGAGUUUGGUUCUUACACUGGGUACUGAUAAUCCACAUCACUGUUCAUUGAUGUUCUGAACAGUGGAUAUAUAAUAGUAAUAGUAAUAAAUAGGAAAUCAUCUUUUAUAUGUUAUAGAUUUUGGGAUUGCAAUAUUAUCAUCAUGAUGAUUAUGAUAUUACAUUAUCCUGUUCUUCCUGCAGGGAGCCCAAGACAAUUUACAUAUUUCCCUCUCCUGUCUCCCAUUCACAAUAACUUGGCUAGAUAGGAUUAGGCUGAGAGAGUGACUGCUCCAAGCAAGGCUUUAUGGCUGAGUGCAGAUUUGGAUUCCUCACCCAGUUCUCUAGCCACUACACCAUGUUGUCUCUGUGUGUGGCAGUGUAGCAGAGAAAGCAAUGCCACACACUUAACGCUUUUCUGCCAUGAAAGGUGGGAUUUGUGCCCUCAUCUGCCAUGACAUCAGGAAGUCUUUGGGGCCACUUGGAAGGAACCCCAGGAUGGCAGAUGGGUUGCAUCUUCUCAUGCUGAACUUCUGCUUUGUUUAUAAACUAACCCCCUGAAAUGGAACAUGUGGGAGGCAAAGAGAUUUAAUUGAUGGUUCCUCUCCCAAACCCAAGACAGAAAAAACUGAGUCCAGGCAUGUUCCUAUGUAUAACUGAUAAAGUGGCUGGAGGUGUUUUUUUGUUUUGUCAGCUUCCUGCUGUUCUCUGAGUGGCUCAGGCCUUCGUGAGCAGGGCAUGAUAAUGUUUUGGGUUUCCUACACAGGCAGCAGAUACCUUGGCAGUGCGGCAGAAGCGGCGCAUUUAUGACAUCACAAAUGUCCUUGAGGGCAUAGGGCUGAUUGAGAAGAAGUCCAAGAACAGCAUACAGUGGAAGUAAGUGCCCGUGAAUUGGAGCAAGAAUUGGUGAUCCUGAAACUAGGCUCUGUUCUCAGUGAUGCAUGGGGGGCAGUUGCAUUUGAGGAGUGUGGCACAGUCACAGCUUGCAUUUGAGUAGUUGACUGUGUCCUGAGUGCAGCUUUUAAGGCAGUUUUGAAUAAGCUUCACCAAUGGUCAUGCUGUACUCCUGUUUGCUGAGUGGUUACAAAUAGUAGGGAAAUAGCUUAUGGAACUGAGUUGUAAUGGGAGUUGCAGGCACCCACAGUAUUGGGAUUUAGGUGCCUGCUUAAAUUCAUCUGUUUGCAUUCACUUUUCCUGAGCAGUGAUCUAGUUAUGUUUGAUGUAUUAAGCAGAUGUACUAAUUUGGAAUGUGUUUUAUAAUUUUUGUGUGAAUAUAAGUUUAUUUUAUGCUGUUUGCCGCCAUGAUAUUUUCCCCUUGAUGUUGGCAGUAUAGCAUUUAUAGGUGAAUUAUAGGUGUAUUUUCCCCUUGAUGUUGGCAGUAUAGCAUUUAUAGGUUCAAACUUAUAAAAAAUGUACCUCACCUAAAACCUAAUGACAUGAUAUACUAUUUGGGAGUAAAAACAUGACUGAAGUUUGGAGGAACUCUCUUCCAAGGGAACUGUGUUGGUGGAAGGAGAUCUUUGAAUAUUUUAUUUUUAUUAUUUAUUGCAUUUAUAGCCCACCUUUUUCUCCAAGGAGCUUAAGAUGGUGCACAAGGUUUCUCCCCAUUCUUCAUUUAAUCCACACAACAACCCUGUGAGGUUGGUUAGGCUGAGAGGCAGUGACUGGCCCCAGGUCACACAGUGAGAUUCAUGGCCCAGUGGCGAUUUGAACCCUGGUCUCCCAGAUCCUAGUCCUGCACACUAACCACCGCACCAUAAUGGAUAGAGACAUAAUAUCUAAAGGGCUUUCAAUUCCUCUCUGGAAACAAAAGGAGGAAUAGUUUGUGCUCAGCGCAACUGAACAAUCCUGUGGGUUUGGGGAGGUAUUUUGCGGUUGCGAUGGCAAUGUCUCUGAUAGCUCAUGCCUUCUAGGGAAGCUCUGCAAGAGGUGGCCUCUCUCAUUUUUCUUGCUUCCAAUUCUCCUUCCCUCCAGAGGAGUAGGUCCUGGCUGCAACACUCGUGAAAUUGCCCACAAGCUGAUAGAGCUGAAGGCAGAGAUUGAGGACCUGGAGCAGCGGGAGCGGGAGCUGGAGCAGCAAAAGAUGUGGGUGCAGCAAAGCAUCAAAAAUGUGACGGACGAUGUACAAAACAGCCGAUAUCCUUCUGAGUGCACCGUAGUCCUUUUUCCUCCUUCCCCUUCCCCCUUUCACUUCAAGUUUCCAAUGCUCGUUCCAAGAUGAUCCUUCUAGGAUGGCGGAAGGAAAACAUUACUUUCCAGGGCUUGAAGGCAGUGACACCAAUCCUGUAGUGCUGGCACAACUCUUUAAUUUCAAAUCACUUGCCACCCUGUCCAGGAUACAGAAAUUUCAGUCUUCUUGCUGGGUCAGGUCCACAGCAUUGGCCAGCGAGAUAUCUAUGGUGAGAUAGUGACUGUGUGUCCGUGUGUGUGUGUGUGUGUGUGUGUGUGUGCGCGCGCAUCUAUCUGUCCCUGGAUGAAAUGCUAAGAAUACCAAAACAGCACCAACAACUCAACUGCCUUAUUCCAGAUCUCUUUUUGAGAAAAUGGAAAGAAUUUCUCUCUCCACAUCAUUCAUCCCCACUCCCCUGCCAUCAUCGCGUUGAUGUCACUUUUCUUUAAUCUAUCAUAUUCCUUUCUUGGGAGUGGGUUUUUUCUUGUUUUUUCUUUUUGCAGAAAUACAGCUGGAAAAGCAACAGAACCUUUUGGCUCCUUGAAACUUAUUGUGUCAUAAGCUUUCAUGAAGUCCACUUAAUGAAGUAGGCUAUGGUCCACAAAGGCUCAUGUGCCACAGUUCAUUUGUUAAGUCUUUAAGCUGCCACAAGACUCUACUAAGGCUCCACCUGCACUACACAUUUAAAGCAGUUUCAUACCCCUUCUAACAGUCAUGAGUUUUCCAAAAGAAUCUUGGAACUGUAAUUUGUAAAGGGUGCUGAGAAUUAUUAAGAGACCCCUUUCCUCCCUACAGAGCUAUAAUUUCCAGAGUGGUUUAGCAGUCAGUCCCUCUUCUCUGGGACCUCUGGAAACUGUAGCUGUGUGAGGGGAAUAGGGGUUUCCUUGCAGUUCUAAGCACCCUUAGCAAACUACAGUUCCCAGGAUUCUUUGCGGGGAAAGCCGUAACUAUUCACUGUUGUGUGAAACUACUUUAUAAUACAGGUGGGUGGGUGGAGCUUAAAAAGUGUUAAGUAAACAUAUCAGAUCCAAAAUGUCCUCCUCUACUGCUGCUUUUGUAGAGAUGCACCCAGUAGGCGGGGCACAUAGGACACAUUCUGACCAGUGUGUUCUGCAGCACCGACUGAUAACUAGAUCUGUUGUUCACUUGUUUCUUCCAAUUCCCCUAAACAUCUUGAAGUUUCUCUUUGUCCAAUGAUCUCAUUGUUUCUGGAUGCAUCUGGUUUUUUCCCUUAACUUCAGGAACGUUAGCCUAUGUGACUGAUGAGGACCUCUGCAAAUGCUUUCCAGGUGAGGAUGUGGUGGUGUAUCAUAGCUAGAUUCCCCUCCUGUAUGCCGUACCUUUUCCUUGGCAUGGUACUCUCCAGGUGUUAUUAGGCUACAACUCCAGUCAUCUCUGAUCAUUGACUAUGCCAGUGGGUGGGGGAGCUCAGCAACGUUGGGGACCCCACUCCUUGCUCUAGGAACAAAUGAACUGAGUUGGGCAAGAGUUCCAGAGUUUAGAGCCUGUUUUUCUUAGAAAUCAGGCAAACCUUCACAGCUCUCAGAACGCGCAGUAGCCCUUGUCUUACUACCCAGGCUGGAUUCCCUUCAUGUAUACUCUUGUUUUGCCAUCACCUUGCUUUAGUCACUUAGGUCUACUAGCAUUAGCCAGAUAAAUAUUGUGAAUGAAAUGGCCUUUUGCUCUGAAAAAAUACAAGCAGCCUUAAAAAAAACAAACCACAAAAAUAUUCGCACUGCCCUUCUGUAUCUGAGAACUGUACACAAGUCUGGGAGAUGUCCUUUUUUCCUGCCAAUGUUACUGGCCGCGUUAAAAGUUUGCAGACCAGGUAAAGCAUGGAUGGGGAAGUGUUGUCCCUGCUGAUGUGGCUGAACUAUGACUUCCAUCAACCCUGGCCAUUGGCCAACCUUGUGAGGCUGAUGGGAGUUGGCAUCUAGCAACAUCUGGAGGGCCACAGGUCUCCCAUCUCUUCAGGAAAGAGAUGAAAAAGAAGGAAGGAGAAAAAAAGAGUAUGUGUCUUGGCUUGCAACGGCCUGCUGCUCCAUUCUUCACCUAGAUCAGAUUAGUAAAUGCUGCGUUUGCUCUCUUGUUCCAGGUGACACACUGCUAGCCAUCCGAGCCCCAUCGGGUACUCAGUUAGAGGUUCCUGUCCCGGAGGUAGGUGGCACGUGGGUAACAAAGGAAUGGUCCCUGGUUGCAAAGAGGCAACGGUGGAAGCCUUAUAUGAGGGAUCGCUAGCCUUUGGCCCUCCUGGUGUUGUUGGGCUCCUGUUGGUGCCACCGUAGCUCAUGUUUUGCCUGCAGGAGCUCCCAGGUUUAAUCCCGAGCAUUUCCAGUUAAAAUGUUGGGCAGGGGAAAACCUGUGGCUGAAACCUCAAGGAGCUGGUGGCCCUUGGAACAGUCAGCAGCAUCUCGCAUUGCAGGUUGAUGCUGGCUGCAAGUUGUGAAGGCACUUUCAUUUCGCAUUUUCUUGCACAACAACAUUCAUCUGGCACAAAACAUUUUACCAGUGGAACAAGUAUCCCGCUAAGAUUGUUGAGAUUCCUGCGCUGCAGGGGGUUGAACUAGAUGACCCCCGGAGUCCCUUCCACCUACAGUUCUAUGAGUCUAAGUAACUUAAUGCUAUAUUGGAUGCAGUCCUUUACACACAUAGAUGCAUCACUGCGCUGGCUUGGGUGCCUUACCUUGCAGCAAUCUCUCUCCCUUUCUUUAGGGCUUAAAUGGUCAGAAGAAAUACCAGAUCCACCUGAAAAGCACAAGCGGUCCAAUUGAUGUCCUGCUCGUAAAUAAAGACGCCUGGAGCUCUCCUCCAGUGGUACUACCUGUGCCUCCCCCGGAAGACCUCAUUCAGUGUCAGCCAGUCACACUCUCUAAGGCACAGAGACCACCUGUUGCCCACUUCCAAGAAGCAUCUCUUCCCAGUGGUACACACCCUUCUGCGCCCGUUCCCAACAGCACACAGGACCAGGUCUCUGCUGUGCAGAAAGCAGCCAGCGCCACAGGUGAGUCCCAGAGGAGCUUUCCCUUCUCAGUAACCUCUCUCGAAUAUGACACUGAAGUCGAGUCACUUGGCCUUGCUGUCAGCCUCUUCCAGGUGAAAGGCAUGGGCAGGCAUGGCCAGAGGCCUGCCUUCUUCAGCAGUCACCUGAGAACUUUGGAACCUGGCCUAGGCAAGGUUAGGAAGCCUCAACGUCACUGUCCUGUUUCAAAACGGCACCCAAACUGGACUGGGGAUCCUGUAGCCCUCCAGAUAUUGUCAGGCUGCAGCUCUCAUCUUCCCUAACCGUGGGCCACACUGGUUGGGGCUGAUGGGAGCUGGAGUUCAGCAACAUUUGGAGGGCCACAGGUUUCCCACACAUGCAGUAAAACCUUCCUAUUUCAUCAAACCUUAAGGGAGAAUUUAAAUUUUCUGAGUCUUUUCCGUCGUAUGUGUAGCCUCCUUGUGAUUUUAUAAUUGUUUGGCUUUUUGUUUAUUUGCUUUAGUGUAAAUUAGUUUGAACUCUGGAAAGCAGUACAGCCAGUCAGCUGCAAAGUGCUUGGGUCUCAAACUGGAAUAAUACAUUUACAGUGGACUGUACCCGCUUUUCCCAUCUUGUUUAAAAAUUAUAAUUGUAUAUAAAUUAUCUUACAUAAUUUUCAGUACAUACAAUUAUUGUAAGCCAAUAACACAUACAUUCCUUUUUUCUAGUUCUGAAACAGCACAUUCUUUCAUAUAUGUAGUUACUGUAUUCCUUAUCCCAAAUUAAGAUGUGGAAAGCACAUAACAUCCAUUCAUUGUAAUCAUCACUAGUCUUAAUGUAUUUAUUUCUUUAAACACAUUAUUAAAUAGGCUGCCAUCAAAGUGGUGUACACUGAGAAUGAAACACAGAAACACAAGCUCAAAGAACAGUAAAAUCAAUUCAGCAAACUCAAACAAUAAAACUAUCCAUACAGACUCUUAAAAACAACAGUACUAUUUUAUCAAAUAUAAAAUUGAUCUUCCAUAAACGACCGGCUUACACCUUGGGGUAAGAUUUCCUUUAAAAAGCCCGUAUUCAGUAGGCUCUUGUUAGGUGCUUGUUAGGUGCUUGUUAGGUAAUUGAUUCUGGAGAACCGGAGCUACAACACUUCUUAUACAUUCAGAAACCCAAUCAAGUAUUGGCAGCUGUUUUCUCUACUAUUCCAUUGUUGGGAGAGAGAGAAAAUCAGUCCUUCCCUCCACCACACUCCCAAGUUUCCCUUCUACAUAUCCUUCCUUCCUUAAACUUGAUCCUCCAUGUAUCAGGGAUGGGGAACCUGUGGCCCUCCAAAAGAGAAGUUGUUGGACUCGGCCACAGCCAGCCUGCCCGAUAGUACUAUAAAAACAUCUGAAAGGCAACAGGUUCCCCAUAUAUGGCUUACACACCAGUUUAACAAUCUGCCUGCUGCAGGUGCAUCAGAAAAGGGCAAGAUUUUUCUGUGGCAGGUCUGCCUGAGACAAAUAUUUGCUUUGCCUUGUGCAUUUGUUUGUUUGUAUGUGUGUUCUCUCUCUCUUUUCUCUUGAGGAUUAAAUUGCGGUCUACCACACCUCACUCCUGGAAUGUGUGUUGAAUUGUUAAGGCAGUGGCUUGGUUUUUUUGUCUAAAAUUCUAACCUCAAACCUACCUUUGAUAACUGUUUACAGGUUGACUCUUUGGGAAAGCUGUAUCUUCCCAGUUGUUAGGUUUUAAUAAAAAGUAUAGCUGGGUUUUUUUUGUUUUUUAAAGUUGCGUAAUAGGUUGUUAUUGUGGUAAGAAUUUACUUCUACACCACCUUGCUCUCAGCCAGGCGAGGGUAAAUAAAACACGGAACCAAGGAAAUAAUUCGAGGCUAGCGCCCAGUUAGGAACCCAGCAUUUAUUGUAACAAUAAGACAGAGCUCAAUUUAAGUGGUUGUUCUAGCUGAACCACUAGUUAAGAAGUCACCUGCCACUAAGAGAAUUAGAACAAGGGUUUUAUACACACAGGACACAAAAGAGUCAUAAAACAUCUAAACAUUCUUAAAACAUAAACAUCCUUCUACAUACAUCAGGAAAAGUUACAGGUCAUGAGAAGCAAAACACACAUGGCUCAAUCUUGAUCCCCACAAUCAGCUUGGGGUGCCCCAAGAGUGCCCAGGCCAUAUGGUCUCAAAUGUAGCAUUUCUAUCACUGUUCCCCCGACAAGCAGCCCUUCAUCAGGUUGUUGACAUUCCUUCCUUUAUCUCACUUUCCUUGGGGAAGCUUCAAGGAUAGCUGAUUUUACACUCUGGUCCUAACUCAUGAUAGAUUUAGAAUAACAUCCUGGAGGGCCAUUUGUGCCACUUUCAGGGUCAGAUAGAAAAGGAAUGCAGCAUGGGAGUCAUAAAAUGCAAACACAGAGAAUCAAGUCUAAUACAUGCUAGCCAAAGCUUCAAUACAAUUAAUAUUGGAAUGUUUUAAAAAUCUACACCCUGGGUUUCUAAUUCUUAUAUCAUUGUAAUACUGUUCAUGUUGGCUUAGUUGCAUCUGGCCUGUGGCGCAUCUGUCUGGAGAAUGGCGGAUGGCAUAACAGGUUUUGGAUAUAUGAAAAUUCAUCCCCUUCAUGUGGGAAAAGGCAUGUUGAGGAGAAAAGUUCUAAUCAAUGACCUAUGAAGGCUAGUAACUUUUCUGUGGCAUAUUUAUAAGGCUUAGGGGAUGCCUGUGGGCAUUUAAUGCAACACUGUACUGCCCUGGAGUUUGCUGGAUGAGUGUCAUGUCCUAUUCAGUGUGCAAUCCAUGAAAUGUUGCAAAAUUGUCACCAUCUAUGUCUUACACCUUUGCAGAUAGUGGCGUCUCAACGGCAGAAUCGAGAAGCAGCGGGGAGCUGGACCCACUUGCCCCCUCGACAGCCCCAGCCAGCCCACCUGCUGGGCUGGACACGCAGCCCCUCCAAUCCUCCGCCUUGCUGGAUAGCAGCUCCAUCCUGCCCAGUCCCUCCACCUCCUUUGAGCCAAUCAAGCCAGACCCCACAGAAAGUGAGAAUUCUUUGGUUGCUGCCGGUUGGGUUGGGGGUUCCUGUGUUCCCAAAUGGGCAUGGCGCCAAGUCCCUCUUUUUCCAGAAACUGGAGCAGCUUUGUAAUGGUUGCUAUGGUUAAAAGUCUGCCGUGGAGCAAUGUUUGUGUGCCUGUGGUUUGUUUUGGGUUUUUUUUGAAUAGCAAAGCAUCUGCUUUGCCAUGUGCAACAAGGGUGGAGAACUGGAUGUGGUCAGUAGAUUGGCCUCACCUCCCCCUGUCACAGGCCACUUUUGCAAGGUGGGUGGAGCUCCCCACCUUUCAAUCAGCUGAUGCCACAAGUCUCUCUUUGGGGGCAUGCAGUGCAUAUUAAAGAAAACCCCAACGUAAUGCUGUAUUGGAGAGGGCAAUGAAAUGGGAUUUCUAAAAUACCGGUAGGCAGGGUUGUGGGCAGGAUAUUUAUGUUGGUUUUUGUACUUUUUUCAUGUUCGUGGCUUCCUACAAGGAAUGCUAGGAUCUUUAGCUAUGUGGGAAUGAGUGUCUCCAGACAUUACUAGCUACUCUCAGAACUACAGUUCCCAUGAUUCUUUGAGGCCUGGUUCACAGACAAGGCUCAACUGGAGUAGUUGCAAAAGGCAAAUGGGAAGCAUCAGCUUUCUGGCUGAAGCUAACUUGCAGUUGCUGCAUCCAGCAAGGGCAAACUGGCUGGUUUAAAAUAUUGUUUAUUUAAAUGAGCAAAGCUAAAGCCCUAGCUUCUGAUCCUGGCUUGUACUGUACAAAUAAAACCCUAGCUUAAAAUAACCAUUGUUCCUGGGUUGGAAGUAGCAACAUACUCUGGAUAAGUAAGAUCUGGUGCUCAUCCUGGUGUGUGUUGCAGGAGAUCAUGAGCCUGAGGCUUGAGCAGAUGGAUUUGUAUAGGGAGCCCUUUAGCAUUGCUUCCAAACUGAGCCCUCCUUAAGCCCACAGUGUAGAUGUACCAUCAAGCUUCACAACCAUCUAUAGCGGAACUGUCUAGCAACAGUGGACUUCCACCAAAUAUUAUGGCAGGCGUUGGUGGUGUGUGUGUUGGGGGGGAGGAGACUCGUGAUUGUGAACAGAGGCUACAAAACAGGGGGGAGCACCCUGUAUAGGUUACUGCACUUUGGACAUUAUUGGAGCAGCAUGGAAACCAAAGCCGUCUCUUCUGUUUUUCAGUACCGGAACUUCCCAAAGAGCUUUCGGAGAUGUUUGAUCCAACAAGAGGUGCGUUGCUUCAGCAAAACCAUAUUUGUUUCACUUUUCUGGGGCAACGUGAGGGAGGGACCUUUGAACCUGCUUGAUCUCUCAUUUUCUCCCAUGUUUUCAGAGGCCCUUACUAUACUCAGUUUGGAGAAAGCAAAUAUCAUGGCAGAGUGGCCCUCUGCUGGAUACAUGUGAGAUAACAGCCAGCUCAGGGAUAUUCAUGCUGUGGUAGUGACACUGCACUUGCUGUGAAACUAGGAUGCCUGUGGCUAUCGCUUUAUCUUGUACAGUGGUACCUUGGGUUACAUAUGCUUCAGGUUGCAUACGCUUCAGGUUACAGACUCCGCUAACCCAGAAAUAGUACCACCCUUUGCUUCAAGAUGAGAGCAGAAGUCAUGCUCCAGCAGCAUGGCAGCAGUGGGAGGCCCCAUUAGCUAAAGUGGUGCUUCAGGUUAAGAACAGUUUCUGGUUAAGAACGGACCUCCGGAACGAAUUAAGUACUUAACCCGAGGUACCACUGUACAGUAUUACUUGCUGCAUUGCAAGCCGGCAUCUGUUAAUAAGCAGUUCCUUUAGGCCUCAUUGAUCUGUUUGGGUCAUCUGGAAUGUAACACUUCUCCCUGAGCGUGCCAACACUUACCCCAAGAAUAAUGGGAAUUGUAGAUCUGUAGGGGUAAACUACAGUUCCCAGGAUUCUUUGGGGGUAAGUCAUGUGUUGACUGUAUUAUAAAUACACAGUUGGGGUGUGCAACUGACUGCUUUUGUUUACAGUUAACACCCAGGUAGUUAACAUCCAUCAAAACCAAAGCUGGCUUCUUUAUCAAGGGAGUGUAUUCUAAACUGACAUACCUGAGCCUUUGUUUGAAAUGAUACAGAAUAUUCUCCUGUAGAAUCCCAAAGCAGAGUGUGUGGUUGUAAUGCAACUCUUUCUUCACACAGAAUGCAUGAAUUCUGAGCUGCUUGAAGAACUAAUGUCAUCUGAUGGUAAGGAUUAAGCCUUUUGCUAUUUCCCAGUUUUGGGGUGGAGAUGGGUUUGGGUAAGGCUAGAAAGUUAGGGUAUAGGAAAUUGAGUUGGUCCAGUUGAACUGUAAGCAAGUGGUAAAGCUCACCUGAACUGUAAUCAACUGAGUAGGCUAAUGCACACUGGUCUUAAACUAACACAGGUGUGGGUCUGUUUACAAGCAGGACAUCAUUUGGACCCCUUGUACUCCUGAUGUUGCUGAAUUACAACUCCCAUCAUCACUGGCCAUCGGCCAUGCUUACUGGGGCCGAUGGGAGUUGUAGUACAACAACAUCUAGAGGGCCAAAGGUUCUCCAUUUCUGGACUAACUGGUUAGGAUCCACAAGCUAAGUGGUUAGGAUCCACAAGAAGUGACCUAAAGUUGCACUUCUUAUUUUUGUUUUAACUGUCCCUUCCACCCACCACAAAACAUAAAGCAUAUGUUUAUCUUUGCUGCCCCCUUUUUGAAGAACAACAACAACAUACAUGUUGGUUCUGUAGUAGUUUAAUUGCCAUGGUUGUUCCUCCAUCCCCCAAAAUCCGGGGGUUUGUAGAUGGGUGAAGAUACUAAGCACUUCGUGUUGUGGCUCCUUAACCCCACCAGUUCCUCUUCUUUCCCCACCCUGCAGCUACGUUUCCUCAGAGAGAAGGAGUAAAUGUGGCAUUGGUAUAUCUGCAGUUUAUUUGUGUGCCCUAAAAGAGGCAUAGAAGAGCAAAGGAGCUUAUAGGUUCUAAAGUUAAGGCAGGGUCCCAUGUUUGAAGGUUGGGUUUAAUGGUGAGUCCUGAGGGUCAAGCUACAAGUUGACAUGGGCAAUCUGUUCCUUGGGUCUUCUAAGGUCUUCUACUUUUGGUAAAGCAUGCAGGGCAGGGAGGCAUGUGGGUCGGGUGUUGCAGCAUGUGGGUGGGGCCUUACCCUGGUUUUUGUUGCCAAAGGGCCAGCAUACAGGCACAGUGAGCCAGACACAGCCUGACUGUACUCCUUUCCCUUCAACAGUAUUUGCUCCUUUGCUCCGUCUCUCCCCGCCUCCUGGUGACCACGACUACAUCUACAACCUGGAUGAGAGCGAAGGGGUGUGCGACCUUUUCGAUGUGCCUAUCCUCAACCUCUGACUCCUGGCAUAUGGAUGGACUUUAGGAUACAUGUUUUUUUAAAAAACAAACAAACCAGUCUUUGGAAAAACCUGGGGUUUUUUUGGAUUCCUUUUCUGCUAUUGUGCUUGAGUGACACACUUGGCUGCUCUGGUCUUGACUGAAGAUCAACAGGGAUGGACUUGUGGACCAAGCAGCAGCAGCAGGAGCAACAGCUCCCUUUCCUGGCUUCUUUUCUUCCUUUCCUAUGUUGCACAAGGCAGUCCCCUGGUUUCCCUCUUGCUCCAUUUUUGGCUGUCCUUUCACUAGAUCCGAGGCCUCCUUCCCAGCGGCCUGCGGUCAAUUCUUCCUGAACAGCAGAAGAGCUUCCUUGGGUCUGCAAGCCUGGCUUGGCUCCCCUACACUCCUGGUGGCACUUUCUGGAGAGAAUAGGAGGGCUGAACAACAGGGGCAGGGAAGGCUCAUGCUGUCUUGUCUUUAUAGCUUGUCUCUAUGUAUUUCAGAGGUGCUCAUUUCCUUUUCUCUCUCUGGCAACUGCACACUUUGACACAAGGAACGAGGGGGAGAGGGGGAAGCGAUGCCUCGUCAACCCUGCCUUGGAUCCAUUUUAUGUAUGGAAGGUGCUCAGAAGCUUCUUCCCGAGUUGUAGCCGCUUCUGUUUCACUUUGAGAGCACGACGAUCACCCAGGUGUCUUGCAAGCCUAAACAUGUCCAGUUCUUCUCCUUUAGCCGUGUAGAGGUGCCAGUUUUGCACAGUCACUUUUCCUCCAAAGAGUCAGGAUGGAGAAACAAAUUGCCCCCUCCCCAACAGCCAAGUUGUUUAGGGAUGGGGAAGCUUGGCUGGGAUUGCCUGCAAUGCAAGGCCCUGAGCUCGACAGUGAGAGCCCAAGAUGGAGGGGCUUGGAUUGAGGGAAGGGGCCAAGUCUGGGUGAUUUAUUUCAAUAUCCUCGGUCAAUGCUGAAGGUGGGCUUUUUUGAGUGCAUUCGAGCUACUGCAUCUUUCCCUUUCCAAAUUGCUGGUUUCAUUUGGAUGCCUGUCCGUGCAGCUUACUUUCUCUCCCAGAGUCUGUAUGCGACACGUCUUCCCCACCUUCCAACACUGAGUAUUGCUCACCUCCCCACCUGCACCUGUGAGGAUCUGGGUUGGUGAACCUCCUCCUAUGACUCCUUUGCACUUCUCGACCUCUUUCCCGUAACCGCAGUGCUGCUCUCCAGUCUGCAGUUGUGCUUUUACCAGAUGCCAGCCCCUAACUCACGCUCCCUGGCCCGUAACCUUUGCACAGUUCUUGGCCGCAGGCACUGAAUAUGAAGGUGGUGCUGCCUUGCACCCUAACCUUAAAAACUGCUGCUUGGGUGAAGAGUUUGAUUUCAGUGGGAUUUAGACCUGCAGCCCUAAGGACACUCACCACUGAGCCGCCCAUAUUAAAUCAGGGAAUGUUUGUGUUGUCAUGUGGUAGCUUUUGGCCAGCAAGAGCUAGUUUAAGCUGGCUGCCCUGUCUUGCUUCCUAAGAGUGGCCACAAGGGUGUAAGUGGUGCAGCCGAUACAUCCCUCUGUAUGGAAUAUACAGCCCUACAAUUCCUCGGCACCCUUUCCAGAGUGGGAACUUGUUAAUACUCUGCUUCCAGAUGCUUAGUGUUUAGAGAAGCCUCUGGUGUCCUGUUUAGCAGGGAUGGGCAACGUGGUGUCCUCCAGAUGUUGUACUCCAACUCCCAUCAGCCCUAGUCCACAUGGUCAGUGGUCAGGGAGCUUUGGGAGUUGUAGUCUAGCCACACCUGGAGGGCUACCCAUGUGCUUAGGCACCUGUGAGGACCCCUUCCUGGCCUGCAUGUCUCUGUUUCCAGAGCAGUUCCUGCAUUGCACAGAUGCUCUAGGAAGCCCAGAGGUGUGUCCCAUUUCUUCCUCCCCAGUAGGCUCACAGGCUUCUCUAUGUCUUUCGGAGGGAUCUGUUUAGCAGCUGAACCGUCACUUCCCUUUGCUAUAAAUUUCUUGCCUUCUCUUUAGAUGACGUCCUGGAAAAGAUACCUAAAGAAAAUGUACAAUGGGAAGGGGGGUGGAAAUGAACUUUGAUUCAUAUAUAAAGAUUAUUUUUAUACUUUUUGCAGCAAGAGACUUGCCUGUAAUAUUUGUACAGUUUUUGUUUUUUUGAGUGAAUAAACAAAACCUUUCCAAAGC